AUGGAACCCCUCUGUGGUAUGGAACCCCUAAGAAAAAUUGUUUAAAUUUUUGAACGUUUGUCUAUUGUCAAAUUACAUUUGACAAUGAUUUGACAUGCAUAUUGUUGACAUUUCAUAAAUGUUAUGUUAAUAAAACAAUUUCACUUAAAUUUCUUUACCGGUGCAAAAUCAAAUAGCAAAAUAUAACGUAGAUUACUAUCAAGGAAACGUAUUGGAACCGAGAUUAAACAAUCAUCGUUGGAUAAAUAAUAAUUAUCAUGCCUGGAGAUGAUAAUUUGCCUGUGAUAUUAGUCAGCGCUGCUGAUACUCCUUCCGCGUCAGCAAUAAUAUCAGAGUUGAAGCAUGACGGCACCGAGCCUCAGUGCAACGGUGUAUCACACGACAGCGACGAGGAACAGGAUUCGGCGCCCGUAUGGCACCUGACCAACAAAUACUACAGUGCGUCAGUUUGUCUGCGGGCGCUGGCAGACAGUUGUGAACCAGACCCUGGGGAUGAUGUGCAGGCACAUAUCAUAUAUCUUACUGAGGAUGAGUGUUCAGAUGCUACCGCCUGCGUGCGUCGCGCGGCUGCCGCGCGAGCGUCCCGCAACGCCGUCCGCCUCAUCGCCGCCCAAAUAGACCACGAACCCCCCGCCCUAGCGACAUGGGCGCGAACAUCACACUACGAACUAGUGCCGCUACUAGCGCCACCUGCCGAUCAAGAUGAGGAUUUCCCCGAGACGACAGGAGUAGCGCGCUUGCGUGAGGCGCUGCAUGCGCACGCGUGGCCGGGGAUGCGCCGCGCUGGCGCCGUCAGAGCGCCCGCCCCUGACUUGAAUGAUGACUCAUCAUCCGACUCGUCAUCUUGGGGUUCGUGGACGGGCGCCGACGAGGCGGGCGCAGUCGAGCGAGCAGAGCAGUUUGCAGACGCACUAGCAAUGCUCCCGGCACGGCGCGCUGAAGGUGACGACGAUGCAGCUAGGAGGUUACACGCAGAACAACUGGUGGUUGCUUUCUGUCGCGCGCUGGGUCAUGACUUGAACUUAGAUGGGGACUUAUAGAAAUUCCUAAACAAUACUCUCUGCAUAUUACUUCUAAUCAUAUUCCGAGACGUACCCGCCUGCAGCGAAUAAUCGAGCGGGGGGCUGGCAUACUGGAGUCGCGAGUUCAAGUCUUAUCAGACUCUGAAUUUUUGAAAUAUUGUAAUUUUGUAAGCAGACGGUUAAUGCUGAUAACAUUAUUUAUUCACUCGUUGACUUUAUUAAACAGGUCUGCUAAAAA